AUGACCCCUCUCGACCCCCUGAAACAAAACAUCCAAAAGGCCUACGACAGCAUCACGCCCGUCUACAACGAAUGGACGAAAUCCUCGCACGCGAUACGCACCCACUAUGUAACGAAGCUCCUCAAGCACCUCCCAGCUGACCUCCCUUCUCAAGAAAGAGAAGGUGAUGGUGGCAAGCAGACAGUCCUCGAAGUUGGCGCCGGCUCGGGAAUCCCGACAACAUCGCUCCUAGCGCAAAGUUCAAACCCCAAAACAGGGCUACCUCGAUUCCAUGUCAUCGCGAACGAUAUCUCCUCAGCGCAGCUAGAGGUUGCAAAGGAUCGAUUGUCUGAAUUUGGUGACAGAGUUGAGUUGCGCGGUGGGGAUAUGAUGGCUCUUUCCUUUGAGGAUGCGAGCCUCGAUGCUGUGCUGGGGAUGUAUAGUAUUAUUCACCUACCCAGGGGAGAGCAGGUGGUGUUUUUGAAGAGGGUGUAUUCGUGGCUCAAGCCCGGAGGCUGGUUCCUGGGGAAUUUUGGGGUAGAGGAGAUUGAGGGGGUGUUUGAUCGCGGAUGGUUGGGGAGUGGGGCUGAGGGCGGGGAGAUGUUUUGGAGUGGCUGGGGAGCGGAGAGGACGUGUGAGGUUCUUGGGGAGAUUGGGUUUGAGGUUGUGUCGAGGGAGGUUGUUACGGAUCUGGAGGAGAAGGAUGGAGAAAACAUUGAAGUUCCGUUUAUGUGGAUUUUGGGAAGGAAGAACUAG